UCUUCUGCUUUACUUUGUUUACCAAUUCUUUCGCAUUCCCGUAUCGUACUGUAGCUUAUACGUUUGCGUUUCUAGAAGACCGACCAAUCUGCCUAUUUAAAAAUAGUGAGUAAGAUUUCAAUUAAGUGCAAUGUUUUCGGCCUUAAGAAAGCUAACAGCAGGAAACAACAAGAAUGAAGUUAAUGGAAAAAGCCCAACUGGAGGUCAUCAGACUAUGCAUGCAUCUCUACAAAAGAAAUUUGCCAAAGGAGUACAUUACAAUAUGAAAAUAAUUAUACGUGGAGAUAGAAAUGUAGGUAAAUCAUGCCUAUUUCAGAGGCUUCAAGGCAAGCCUUUUGUAGAAAAUUACGAUCCAACACAAGAAAUACAGGUUGCCAGCAUACAGUGGAGUUAUAAGGCAACUGAUGACAUAGUUAAAGUAGAAGUAUGGGAUGUUGUGGACAAGGGAAAAAAGAAAAAACCUUUAGAAGGCUUGAAACUCAAUACUACUCCUACAUCUCUCACUGAGGAACCAGCUUUAGAUGCUGAGUUUCUUGAUGUUUAUAAAGGAACUCAUGGAGUAAUUUUAAUGCUAGACAUCACCAAACAAUGGACCUUUGAUUACGUAAAGCGCGAACUUCCUAAAAUUCCAGCCACCAUUCCUGUUAUGGUACUUGCAAACCACCGAGAUAUGGGACACCAUCGAUGUGUCUCUGAAGACGACGUAAAAUUUUUCGUGGAAAGCCUAAAUCGGAGUAAAACUGAUGCCCAGAUCCGAUUCGGCGAAAGAUCGAUGAGAAAUAGCUUCGGCCUGAAGCUUCUUCAUAAAUUUUUCAACUUACCAUUUCUAGCUUUACAGCGCGAUUCUCUUCUUAAACAGUUAGAGACGAAUGGACAGGAAAUGGCUUUGACCAACGAAGAACUUGAUCUCUAUUUGGAGACUGAUGAUGCUAGCUAUGACAGGUUUCUAGAUCUUCUUACUCAAAAGCGACGCCAGACUGCUGAUUCUCUGAGCGCAGCAGCAACUUCGAAUGCGCUACAAGCUCCUGUCCCUAACGCACCAAAACAAGUAUCAGCCAAUCCAAUUCAAGUCGCCACACCUAAAGUAGAAAUCGCAAAACCUCCUUCCGUGGAACCCAAAACAUCGGGCCAAAUUACAGCGGUGAAUGGCGAUUCUGUGAAAAAAGAUAGCGAAUUUUCCAGCGUCGAGGAUUUUGUUGUUGAAGGAGAUGAUGGCGAGCAAGGUAUGGGUUUCCUCUCGUCAGUCGAAGAAACAUCUAGUGCCCCAACCAAAGGAGUUGCAGUAGAACCAGAAUCAGAUAGCGAUGCCGAAAAAGAAGGCAACCCAAUGGUAAUGGGUUUCCAGGAUGAAAUCGACGAUGAGGAUUACUUACGGCCAUCUGAUUUUGGAAAUCCUGUAGCGCAAAUUUCGGAUUCUUCUGAUGAUGAACUAUCAGUUCCUGGGCCCAAUAAAAAAGAAUCCUCUGUUUCUAAAGCAAGUCGGACACUUGAGAACGUGACGAUCAAAGAUGAUCUAGACGAUUGGCUCAACGGUGGAGAUGAAACAUUGUCAGCUACAAAAUUUAAAGCGCCUUCACCAGCCAGUACAAGAGAUGAUGCAGUACCUAUUAAUAGAAAGAUUACUGAAAAAAAGACAGAAGUUAUUUUGUUCGAGGAGUCUUCCAUAGAAUUAACUGGGAAGAGUAAAAGAACAAAGGAAAAGAAAGGCAAACGAAAAUCCAAGAGAUCGUCAACGGAAGAGCGCACGUCGAGCAGUCCUGUUCACGAUACAAAUGCUGUUGGAGAAUCACGGUCAUUUAACGACUAUGAAGAACUCUAAUGAAACUCGCUUUUUAAAAAUCAUAAUUAUCUAAUCAUUCAGACCAUAAUGUCAAUUUGUUUUCCCCCUUUUUAAGUUAAAUGGUGUACAAGGUAUAUUGUGUCCUCAAGCUUUCUAAAUGAAAAAAAAAGAAAAAUU